CACUGCCCCACAUCGGAGCCUUCAGCAUCCACCCGGUCCCACAUCGGGUCCUGACCCCCGGCCAGGGCCGGAGCUUCGGGCACCAGGUGUUGCCACUGGAUGGGGCCCGAGUGCUGGUGGGGGCCCCGGCAGAGGUGGGAGAUGGGGGGCAGCUGUUCCAGUGCUCGGUGCAAAGUGGGGAGUGCCAGAAGGUGCAGCUGGAAGGGAACAGCACCCGGACCCACAUAGGAAUGGCCUUGGCCCGGGAUGGUGAUAUCACAAUCGCCUGUGGCCCCGGCUUGACCCAUGUCUGCGAUCGCAAUGUCUACACGAACGGGGUCUGUGUCCUGCUGGACCCCCAGCUGAGAACAUGGCAGGAGCUGAUGCCUGGAUACCAAGGCUGCCAGCGGGGCCCGGUGGACCUGGUGUUCCUGUUCGAUGACUCCAGCAGCAUGAGCACCUCCCAGUUCAAGGCCAUCCGGGACUUCAUGGUGGAUGUGAUGGAGAAGCUGCAGAACACCUCGAUCCAUAGCUUCGAGCGGCUCCGCGGCCUCUUCCAGGAGUUGCAGGCGCGGCUCUACAACAUCGAGGGUACCACCCAGCUGCACAGUUUCCACUUGGAGAUGUGCUCCAGCGGGAUCAGCGUUGAUGUCAUCCAGGGCCGGCGGGUGACGGGGGCUGUAGGGGCUGAUAACUGGGCGGGGGGGCUGCUGGAGCUGCUGGAGCUGCAGGAGAACGAGACCUUCGUGCCCAAUCCCCACCCAAAGGAGAGCAGGCCCGAGGGGUACCUGGGCUACGCCUUGGCCGGGCUGCGCGUCCCCGGCCGGGCGCUGGUGGCUGCAGGUGCCCCCCGUCACCUCUACGUGGGUGGGGUCGUCCUCUUUGAGGUCCCUGAAGCCACUGGGGACUGGAAGGCGCUGCAGACCCUCGAAGGGGAGCAGGUGGGGUCCUAUUUCGGGGCCACCCUUUGCGCCCUGGACCAGGGCGGGGGGACGGUGGCACUGCUGGUGGGGGCCCCCAGCCACUACGAUGGGCGCUGGGGAGGACGAGUGCACCUGUACAGGUGGGAGGAGGAUGCCCUGCACCCCUCUGGGCAGCUUUAUGGUGCUCCAGGUCACCCCUUGGGCCGUUUCGGGGCGUCGCUGGCCACCCUGGGAGACCUGGACGGUGACAACCUGCCAGAGGUGGCUGUGGGGGCCCCGCUGGAGGAUGAGGAGCGUGGGGCUGUCUACAUCUUUUGGGGGCAACCCGGGGGAGUGGAGCUCCACCCCCGCCAGAGGCUGCAGGGGGACGUGGUGGCCCUGGGGCGUUUUUUCGGACAGGCGGUGGCCGGGGGCCUGGACCUGACAGGGGAUGGGCUGGCAGACAUGGCAGUGGGGAUGGAGGGACAUGUCGUGGUGAUGAGGUCCCGCCCAGUGCUGAGGGUCACCACCAACUUGACCUUUGACCCUCCUGUGAUCUCAACCCGCGGGGUCGACUGUUCUGAUGUCACCAUUGUCACCAUUGUCACCCUCCAGCUCUGCCUGCACCGCCCAGGUGACCUGCUGACCCCCGUGACCUUCCGGGUGGAUGUCGACCCGCAGCGGGCACAAGGUCGGGGGGAAUUCGGGGAGGGGCAGCGGAGCUGGGACGGGGAGAUGCAGCCAGGGCUGAGCUGCCAGAGCAAGGAACUGAGGGUGCUGCCCUGCCUCGAGGACUUUGUCACCCCUAUCCGUGCCAGUGUCACCAUCGCCCUGCCCGAAAGGGACCCCCCAGGGCCCAUCCUGCCUCCCAGCACUGGCCCCACCUGGGUCGAGAUCCCCUUCGAGCAGAACUGUGGGGACGAUGAGGUGUGCAAAGCUGACUUGGAGGUCAGGGUGAUGCUGGGGGACGCAGCUGUUUUGGGGGUUCCCAGCGCCGAACUGAGGGUUCAGCUGAUUGUGGACAACAGGAGGGAAGAUGCUUAUAAGGCGGCCCUACAAGUGCAGCACCCCCCGGGGGUCUCCUAUCGGUGGGCCCGGGCCAGCCAGUUCUUGUCCUCGCCCUGCCAGGGCACGGGUAGGUUUCCUGUCCCACUGUCUCUUGUCUUCCCCAUGGUCAAUUGUAGCCACACCAAGCAGGGCGGCUGUGAGGAGUCGGUGCUGCACAAACUGUGUGAGAACUGGGAAGAAUAA